UAUAAUACUCCGUAACAAAGCCCACCUUGCUGUGUUGUGAGGACGAGCAAAGACGCAGGCGCCGCCGAGCUCGAGAGAGGAAAAGCUUCCCGGCCAUUUCCACAGGCGCGACAAUGGCAGUCGGGAAGAACAAGCGGAUUUCCAAGGGGAAGAAGGGAGGGAAGAAGAAAAUAGCUGAUCCGUUUGCCAAGAAGGAUUGGUAUGACAUCAAGGCACCUUCAGUUUUCAAGAUCAGAAAUGUGGGGAAAACUCUUGUUACCCGAACUCAAGGAACUAAGAUUGCUUCAGAAGGGCUCAAACACCGUGUGUUUGAGGUGUCGUUGGCCGAUCUCCAAGAUGACGAUGAAAGGUCCUACAGAAAGAUCCGUCUCAGAGCUGAGGAUGUUCAGGGAAAGAAUGUCCUUACCAACUUCUGGGGUAUGGAUUUCACCACGGAUAAGUUGAGGUCCCUGGUGAAGAAAUGGCAGUCACUAAUCGAGGCGCAUGCUGAUGUCAAGACAACAGACAAUUACACCUUGAGAAUGUUUUGCAUUGGAUUCACCAAGAAGCGAAGUAACCAACAAAAGAGAACUUGCUAUGCACAGUCCAGCCAGAUUCGUCGGAUCCGCCGCAAGAUGGUAGAAAUCAUGGCCAGCAGUGCGCAGUCUUGUGACCUGAAGAGUUUGGUGAAUAAGUUCAUCCCUGAAUCAAUUGGUGCGGAAAUUGAGAAGGCCACCACGAACAUCUACCCUCUUCAGAAUGUUUUCAUCCGCAAGGUCAAAAUCCUCAAGGCUCCCAAGUUUGAUCUUGGCAAGUUGAUGGAGGUUCAUGAAAGCUCUAAUGAAGACAUUGGCAUGAAGAUUGAUCGGCGGACAGAAGAAGAAGAAGCUACCGAGCCCGUCGAACCGGUUGGAGCUUGAUUUCUGAUGCUUUCUUUAAUUAUGUCCCUCUUUGACCAUAUUUAGUGUUUUUGAAAUGUGUACUAUACCCUAGCUUGUUGGGGUUCAUAGGGAAAUUUUUUCUCAACUAGCUAAGACUUUUUUGUUGUUAAAUCUUAUUGAGCUGCUACAUGUCAAUUGUUUGUCAUGUUGCUAUUAUGUUUUACAAAAUGAUUUGUGUUCUUCAGUUUUCAAGCUCUUUAGAGACUCAUCUUUCAAAUUCGGAGAGAGUAUUACUUUUAAAUUCAAUCACAAUUCUCAAAUAAAUUGUUUAAAAUAACUUUAGUCAAAUAUC